GCCGCCGCCUCGCUCCGCGCUGCUCCGCUCCGCUCGCCCAUGGUGCUGCCCGGGCCGCCCAGCAUGUCCCGCUCCGAGGAGGUGCACCGGCUCACCGAGAACGUCUACAAGACAAUCAUGGAGCAGUUCAAUCCCAGCCUCAGGAAUUUCAUUUCUAUGGGGAAGACCUACGAAAAAGCCUUAGCAAGUAUGACAUAUGCAGCAAAAGGAUACUUUGAUGCUCUGGUUAAAAUGGGAGAAUUGGCCAGUGAAAGCCAAGGAUCUAAAGAAUUAGGAGAUGUUCUCUUCCAGAUGGCAGAAGUCCACAGGCAGAUCCAGAAUCAGCUAGAAGAGAUGCUGAAGUCCUUCCACAACGAGCUUCUCACGCAGCUGGAGCAGAAGGUAGAACUGGACUCCAGGUACUUAAGUGCUGCACUGAAAAAGUACCAGACGGAGCAAAGGAGCAAGGGGGAUUCACUAGACAAGUGCCAAGCAGAGCUGAAGAAGCUGCGGAAGAAGAGCCAAGGAAGCAAAAACCCGCAGAAGUAUUCAGACAAGGAGCUGCAGUACAUCGAAGCCAUCAGCAGCAAGCAAGGCGAGCUGGAAAACUACGUGUCCGACGGCUACAAGACGGCGCUCACGGAAGAGAGGAGACGCUUCUGCUUCCUGGUGGAGAAGCAAUGCGCCGUGGCGAAGAGCGCGAUCACCUACCACGCCAAGGGGAAAGAAAUGUUGACGCAGAAGCUUCCGCUGUGGCAGCAGUCGUGCUCAGAUCCCAACAAGAUCCCAGACCGUGCUAUACAACUGAUGCAGCAGAUGGCUGCCAGCAGCAAUGGCACCAUCAUGCCCAGCCCUUUGUCUACAUCUAAAUCAAACCUCAUCAUCUCUGACCCCAUUCCUGGUGCCAAACCUCUCCCUGUCCCCCCGGAGCUGGCACCUUUUGUAGGACGAAUGUCAGCACAAGAGACCAUGCCAGUGAUGAACGGAGUCUCAGGCCCAGACAGUAAUGAUUACAACCACUGGUCUGAGAUGAAGCCAGCACAGCCCAAAUCUUUAUCUCCUCCCCAGCCUCAGAAGCAGCUGAGCGACUCUUACUCGAACACGCUUCCUGUUCGCAAAAACGUUCCGCCGAAAAACAGCUACGCAUCGGCUGAAAACAAGACGCUGCCGCGCUCCAGCUCCAUGGCCGCAGGGCUCGAGAGGAACGGCAGGACGAGGGUACAGGCCAUUUUCUCUCACGCUGCUGGAGAUAACAGCACCCUCCUGAGCUUCAAGGAGGGCGACCUCAUCACGCUGCUGGUGCCGGAGGCCAGGGAUGGGUGGCACUAUGGAGAGAGCGAGAAAACAAAAAUGAGAGGCUGGUUUCCUUUCUCUUACACGCGGGUCCUCGACAGCGAUGGAAGCGAACGGGUCCACGCCAGUCUGCAGCAAGGGAAGAGCAGUAGCACAGGCAACCUGCUCGACAAAGAUGACAUCGCCAUCCCGCCGCCAGACUACGGCAUGUCCUCGCAGGCUUUUCCGUCGCAAAAUGCCAACGCCUUCAAGCAGAGGCCGUACAGCGUGGCAGUGCCUGCCUUCUCCCAGGGUCUCGAUGACUACGGAACGAGAUCUGUUAGCAGAAACCCCUUUGCCAACGUCCAGCUGAAACCGACAGUGACGAACGACAGGUCGGCUCCUCUCAUCAGCUGAUCCCGGGAUUGCUGGCCACCGCCGUGCCGCUUGGCACACGUUGCCUUCUCACCGCCGUUGCAUGUCUGCCUUUCCAGAACUUCAGUUUUAGGCAGAGUUUAUAUAAUCCUGCUGCUUUGAAAGCCAAAGGCUAAAGCUAGUGCGCUGUUUCCCCUUCGCUAGAUGCAGCUUGUUCGUCUCAGCCACAGCGGGUUCAGCUGCCCCCAGGCAGCCCGUGCUUUGCAUGUGCACAAGUAGGGCAGCGCCCACGGCCCCGCGCGCGUCCCGCGGCCGGGCUCCGCAGCGGGCUGAGCGGCGCGGGCCGGGGUCGAUGGCAGGCGGGGGACGGUCCCCUCCUCGCCGCCGCCCGGGAGGGAGCCCCGCGGCAGGGCAGCGCCGAGUCCCUGCUCCCGGCGGCCCUGCAGCACCCGGCGCUGCCGGGAGGCCAGAGCCCCGCUCGCAGGACGGGAAGGCGCCCGCGGAGGUUCUGCGAUGCUCGGCCCGGCUGCCGGCCGACUCUCUGUACAUAGUCGGGUGUUACGGUACCCGCUGUAAAAUAUAAGCUAGAAAAAUAUUUCAGGCGGUGACAGCGCCGGUCACUCCGCAGUGUUAACCAAGCCCCGUCAGCAGGUCCGAGCCACCAGCCCCAAGGCCGGACCGGAUGGCGAUGGGCGUCCCCCGGGCCGGGAGCCUGCUCCAGGAGCGACGGUGCUUGAGCCCCGGCUCUGCCGGGUGUCCAGGGCUCGCGGCGUCCUGCCCGCGAUUCUCGCCCACGUGCAAGCUCGCGAGCUGGAGCUUGUUCCUGGGCCUUGCCCGCCGAUCCCACUGCCGCUCUAGCGGGAGCAUCUCUGCCUCUGCCCUGCUCCCCCGAGCCCCCGGACACGGUCCCACACCCCAGGCGCCUGCUACGGGAACAGGGUUUUUCCCAGCCCAAGCUGCAGCUUUUCUGAGCGAGCAGCUGCCCGUCUCUGGCCUUGCUGGCUGGAUUAGGCGGCAGCGAAGGAUUUGCU